GGCUCUGGAGCUGGGGUAGCUGCCAUGGGUUCUCAGAGAGCUGGGGGAGGAGCAGAGGAGCCCAGGGGCACAGGGAAGGGCGUCCUUGAAACUGCAGGUUGGGAGGUCACAGUUACCUCUUGUGGCCACCAGGAGGGCUGAGGCUAUAGGCUGGCCGCUCGUGCCUUCCUGACCAUCACCCCGUCAAGCUUCUGGUCUCCCAGACUGGGAGGCUGAGCUUUCAGGUUUGUAGGCAGAUGGCCCUACAACAUGGAGGCCCAGGCUGAGCUUUCUUCACAAGUGGCAUCUAAACUUCGGAGAGGGGCACACGUUUCACCUGAAUCUGGACUAGCAGCUUGUUGGUUAAAUAGCCUGAGGUGUGGGGCAUGGCAGAGAUGCGGGAGUGGGUGUCGGAGGAUGUAGCCAACUCAGCUCCAAACAGCUCCUUUUCCUGUCCCCAGUGGGCUGCAUUCCCAGACUGGUAUUUUGGUUGGUGUGACAGAGUCCCAGAGUCAUCUGGCCCAGGCACAAGCCUCUGGGCCAGUUCUUUCCUCCCCACCCCCAGGUGCUCCUAUAAAUGGCUGAGCAGCUCAGCUCUUCUCACUGGGGGGUGUGAGGAAUAGGGGGGACCAUGGACUUCCUCAGCAUUCAGCAGUUGGUAAGUGAAGAAAGAGAUGAAGGGAAAGUGUUGAGAUUUGGACAUGGAGUUCCUGACCCUAGAGGCUGGCCUAGUGACUGGAGGAGGGGCCCCCAAGAGGCUGUGGCCCAUGAGAAGCUGAAAUUGGAAGAAGAAAAGAAGAGAAAACUGGAAAGAUUUAGCAGUUCCAGAGUUAAUCUGAAUAAUCUGGCUGACUUGGAAAAUUUGGUUCAAAGACGGAGAGAAAAAAGACUGAGACACAGAGUCCCCCCCAAGAAACCUGAGCCCUUGGUUAAGCUGCAGCCCCAGGCCCAGGUAGAGCCUGUGGGCCUGGAGAUGUUCCUGAAGGCAGCUGCUGAGAACCAGGAGUCUCUGAUUGACAAGUACCUGACAGACGGAGGGGAUCCCAAUGCCCAUGACAAGCUCCACCGCACCGCCUUGCACUGGGCCUGUCUGAAGGGUCACAGCCAGCUGGUGAACAAGCUGCUGGCAGCAGGUGCCACAGUGGACGCUCGGGACUUGCUGGACAGGACACCUGUGUUCUGGGCCUGCCGUGGAGGACAUCUGGAUAUCCUCAAACAGUUGCUUAACCAGGGAGCCCAGGUCAAUGCCCGGGACAAGAUCUGGAGCACCCCCCUGCACGUGGCAGUGCGCACCCGGCACCCUGACUGCCUGGAGCACCUCAUUGAGUGUGGCGCCCACCUAAACGCACAGGAUAAGGAAGGGGACACGGCUCUGCACGAGGCUGUGCAGCAUGGCAGCUACAAAGCCAUGAAGCUGCUGCUGCUCUACGGGGCCGACCUGGGGGUGCAAAAUAUGGCCUCAGUGACCCCAGCGCAGCUGGCUCGAGACUGGCAGCGUGGCAUCCGGGAGGCCCUGCAGGCCCAUGUGGCGCAUCCCCGCACCAGGUGCUGAGGUGCUGACUGCAGCCUCACGCCUCAUGCACUGCCACCAUUCCGUCCCAUGCCCCAUCCCCGCAUCUGCAUCUCUGUGGUUCCUGCCCUCAGCUCUGGUUCCUCCCUCUCAUGGCUGUGCCUCCUCGGGCAUCUGAGAAAGCCCUGGCAGAGGUGCAACACCGGGCUCAGUGUACAGAGACCUCCCUGGCUUCGAGUGUCAGGGGAGUCACCUUCCCUGCUGGGAUCAAGAGGCAGGGGAGAGUGUGCGUCCAGAUGAGGGGAGGAGAGUGGGGGCCAAGGGCAGAGCCCGAAGGGAGCAGUCCUGAGCUGGAACCACCCAGAGCUGGGUCCGGGAGUCCUCAGUGUCCACUCAUCCCAGGAUAGGGGGCUUGCCUUGCUCUCCCUGGGGCCAGUCUCUGCUGGUGUGAACUCAGCCUGUGGCCAGCAGAUGCCAUCCAGGAUGGACAAGGAGCAGCGGAGGCAGGCCGUGCAGGGCCAGGCUGGUCUGCUGGCGGAUGCCCAUGGGCAGGGCUUUCUCCUGGGACUCCAUUCCUGUCAGCAGCAACCCUGGCAGUGUCUGGAGCAGCUCUAGACAACUUUAGUCGUAGGGACUCUGGAGGUGGGUUCUGGCCGUCUGGCACAGGCUGCUCAACAGGUGUGAGGUCUCACAGCAACAGAAGUCGAGGACCCACCAGGUUGCCUCAGAAGCCCUAAGACUAAUGAGCUGGUGUGUGUUUGAGAGAUGCCUUGCACCCACUGUGCACUGGCCCCAUUCAGGCUGGCCUGGCACACUGUCGCCUGCUGGUAGCUCUCAUGGGGGAAGUGCCUGGGCACUGGGGAUUGCUUGUGGCCCACUCAACUCUUGGGGCGGUGGCCCGUAACCCUAGUUUGCCUGAGGCUCUUAUGCUCCCUUAUGUCCCUAGUACCAGAGCUGGAGCUCUUGGCCUGGAACUCUGCAGCUGCACCCACCCUGCUUGACCCCACCUCAGAGGCCAGGACACUGAGGGGCUCCAAACCCAGCUCACAGGGAAGCAGAGGAAGGCGAGGGCCCCCCUCCCCAUCCCUUCCUUGCUCCCUGGUGGUCUAAGGACCCAAGCUCCCUAGACUUCUUCCUCUGACACUGGCUGUACGUUUCAAGUUUCACUGGUGUAGACCUGUACUGCUGGCAGGGCUGGAUCCCUAAAUGCCAGAAAGUGAAUCUUAACGAGCUCUGCCCUCAUCUGAGAACCACAGGCUGAGGGAAGGGCUGAAAGCUGCAGGCUCAGCCUCCCUCACAUGGGUCAUGAGUUACAUUAGAUAUGAUCAGGUUGAUAGGCAUUUGGCCGUGGUUCUUUUUAGUCUACAUUUGGUGGCCUUCUCAGGCCCAGAACAAGGCUGUUACUAUGUGACCAGUGCUCCACACUAGGGGCACACACCUUUCCACGGGCAGCUCCUGCCCUGUGGCGACAAAGCCAGCGUGCACCCAGACGUUGGUGCCGUGGCGAAGCAGGCAUUUAAGAUCAUGAAGAAGACAACUCCUCAUCUAGAAAAUGAGGACACUUCAGUGACAAACACACCUUUUUAUACUGAUCAGUAUCUUCUGUUCAUUAAAACUGGAUAUCCAUUACA